GAUCUACACACAUCCUCCUUAUCUUCCUAAACCCCCAAAUCUCUGUUACAUUUCAAAGGUACAGAGACCGAACACAAACCUUAGCUUCAUCCCCCCCGCUUUACCUGUCUACCUUCCAUGGCGAAAACUCGACCUGGCGUCCCCUCCAAAAUCAAAACCGGAAGGAAGGAGCUUGACUCUUAUACCAUCAAAGGCACCAACAAAGUCGUGAGAGCUGGAGAGUGUGUGUUGAUGCGCCCAUCUGAUGCUGGCAAGCCACCAUACGUGGCACGUGUUGAGAAGAUCGAAGCUGAUGCUAGGAACAACGUGAAGGUGCACUGUCGGUGGUAUUACCGCCCCGAGGAGUCCCUUGGUGGUAGGAGGCAGUUCCAUGGAGCUAAAGAGCUUUUCUUGUCCGACCAUUUCGACGUUCAGAGCGGACACACCAUCGAGGGGAAAUGCAUUGUUCACACCUUCAAGAACUACACUAGGCUUGAAAACGUUGGAGCGGAGGAUUAUUAUUGUAGGUUCGAGUACAAGGCUGCUACUGGCGCCUUCACCCCUGACCGAGUUGCUGUGUACUGCAAGUGUGAAAUGCCUUAUAAUCCAGACGAUCUCAUGGUGCAGUGUGAAGGCUGCAAAGACUGGUACCAUCCUGGGUGUGUUGGCAUGACCAUUGAAGAAGCAAAGAAGCUUGAUCACUUUGUGUGUGCUGAAUGCAGUUCUGAUGACGAUGUCAAGAAGUCGCAGAACGGGUUUACUGCGUCUCCAGCUGAUGAUGUCAAGGUGGAAACAAAGCGCAGAAAAAGAUAAUUCGCCAGGUUCUCAUGAGUAAAAGCCGCGCAGGGGUUGUCAAGUUAUAUAACUUGUAAGCUCUUUGAUGCAUAUUUAAGUAAGUUAGGAUUUUCUUUGCCUGUGUCAGUCUUUGUUGUGAUGAUGCCUGUAUGUUGCGUUCCAAAACUCAAGAGAAAAUGUGAAAAAAAAAAAGGAGAGAGAUGAUGAAGACAAGUUAUGGUGGCAGAGUCUGUUGUAUAGACUUUCUCCGUGGGGUCUUUAAGUUAACUUUUAGGUCUACUGUUUAUUGUGGGUAAAUGUUGUUUUUGUGUCUGAUGAGAACAUGAAGAGAGAGCGCUUUCACUU